AACUCGUCAAUGAAUUGUAUUUCAUAACUGAUUUACUCAAUAAAUGUAUAAUUACUGUUAGUUUUCAUCCAAAGGCAAUACAAUAUGGAUUAUAUGGAUGAAAGUCACCCAUUGAUUGGAGUGGAAGACAAUUGUUCAGAGUAUGACAGCAUUGAACAGUUAACACUAGAAUUGGACAGAAGUAGUAAUAACAGCAACGGAUCCAACAAUAAUGAUAGACGGAGUCAGUCGUCCGUCUCGCAGUCAAUGGCCAUCUCAUGGCAUAACAUACGGGUGUCGAGUAGGCCGUCCAACAUGUUUAAACGCUUCCGUAAAUCUAGUACUGAACCCACAGAGAUCCUCAAGAAUGUUUCGGGUGAAGUGAGUGCCGGCCAACUAUUAGCUAUAAUGGGUUCGAGUGGCGCCGGAAAGACAACUCUAUUGAAUGUAUUGACGGCAAGGAAUCUGUCGAAACUGGUUGUCUGUGGGGAUGUCCUAUUGAAUGGAGAGGUAGUCGAUGCAAAUACCAUAACUUCUAUCUCGGCGUAUGUCCAGCAACAGGAUCUAUUUGUACCCGUGUUGACAGUUAGGGAACACCUAAUAUUUCAUUCAUUAUUACGAAUGGAUCCAAAUUUGCCUCAAAAAGAGAGAACAGAUCGCGUGAAUGAAGUGAUUCUUAGGUUUAGUUUAACGAAGUGUGCGAACACUCGGAUCGGAAGCAGUACUACAUUUAAGGGCAUAUCUGGCGGUGAAUCCAAACGACUGGCCUUUGCAUCCGAGUAUUUGACGGAUCCGUCGAUUAUUGAUGAGCCGACCAGUGGUUUGGACUCAUUUAUGGCCCAAAGUAUAGUCCAAGAGUUGAAGUCUAUGGCAUCGGAGGGUCGCACCGUUAUCUGUACUAUACAUCAGCCCUCGUCUCAACAUAUAUGCGAUAAAUUUGCUAAUAAAUUGUCGGAUACUUUGUCGGACACCACGGAUAUGGUGAGCGCCGCCCUAUUCAUGGAUUCAUUCAGUGUAUUUGAACGCAAAUCCGCACUAAACGGACACAAAUACCGGACAUCCAUUUGGCGACAAUUGUGGACAUUGUUAUGGCGAUCAAAAAAGUUCAUUUUAAGAGACACCGAGUUUAGGUGGAUGUUUGUGAUCGUGCCAAUUGCAAUAUUCUUGGGAUCAGUGUAUUGGAAACAACAGGUGAACCAAAGGUCCAUAAGAAAUAUAAACGCGGCACUUUUUGUUUUGGUUAUGAAUAUGACUAUUCAGAGCGCUAUGGCUGUCAUUAAUACAUUCUGUGCGGAACAGCCAUUAUUUCUGAGGGAACACCACAACGGCAUACAUGGGAGACACACACAUAACGCAGAGAUAAUGACCGCUAUUAUCAAUACAAGCACUCAAACCACACAUUUAGCGACAGAUAAUCGGCUUAAGACACCGGCCAAUGGUCUCGCGGUGUAUUGGGAUCUGAUAGUCACCGUCAAAGACAUACACGCAUUACAUACGAGUAAACAAAUGGAUACAUACACUGGAUGUCGAUGUCGAUGGCGAGCAUAUGAGACACCGGAUGAUGAGAUAAUGGAUGUCCACCACAACACACACAGACACUACUUAUCACACUAUUGGAAGCGAUUCAGUGACACACAGACACACCACGGGAUGGAUGUGCUGCAGGAGUUGUGCGGAGAGAUAAUUGGCUGCGACCUCCGGAAGUAG